GAAAGAUGUAUUUGGAUGCACCGAAUGUUUCACUUUGAAACUUUCCCAACAGCAGCAAACGACAGACAGCAUUUUUCCACCCUGGAGAAGAGAACUGGAAGACUUUUCUCAUGAGGAGUUGGGAAGAUGUUUUUAAUCUUUGGACGAAAUCAUUCCACAGACAAGAAGAUGUUCCUAGCCAGCUCUGGAUCUUCAUGUGUCAGAUAAUUCUGACAGUCCAGCCGACAUGGAGCGCAUGAGCAGGAAUAAAAUGGAACAGGGGCGACAGACGCACCAGGUCUUACAGAGCACUCCUUUAGACUUGAUUGAGACAGGCAAGUCCCUGAAAGUCCAGGCAGAGCGCCCCCACCUGGUUAGUUUGGGAAGUGGACGCUUGAGCACAGCAAUCACCUUGCUACCACUGCAGGAAGGGAGAACCACACUGGGCAGUGAGGGGACAGACAUCCCUCUGCAGGGCCACGGCAUCGCAGCUCAGCACUGCUACAUCGAAAACCAAACAGGCAACAUCACCUUGUACCCAUGUGGAAACCAGUGCUCUGUCGAUGGCCUUCCCAUCACCAAACCCUAUCGCCUGACACAAGGGUGCAUGCUGUGUUUUGGCCAGUCUGCCUUUUUCCGCUUCAACCACCCAGAGGAGGCCCUACGGAUGAAGAGCAUGCUGCCUGGUGGACUAAGCACCACAAGAACUCAUCCAACUGACUCCCACAGUGUCCUGAACGGGAACCAUCAGUCUUUUUCAAGCAACGGCGACUCCAAAAUCAACAACAUAGCAAAGACCUUCCAAGACUCCUUGGUGCUGAAGAGCUCUUCAUCGUCAGGAUCAGCUAAACAGCCCAUUCAUCAGCCCUCUCCACCAAACAUGCUCAAUGGGAGAAAUGGCUCCAUGACAGAGGACUCCAUUUAUGAAAACAGCAGCAACUUUCUGGGCCAGAACCUUGGCAACAAAACCCCUCCAGUACCUGCCCGGUCUGCUCAUACCAACCACACUCCUGUCCCCCAUCCACGGACCUCGCUCUCUGUGGCGCCAAGCGGUACUAGUCGUGGUCAGAGGGCCCAGGAGAGUCCAAAACUUCUUAGGAACGCAAGAGCAGAGGCCACACCAAGCCCCGCACCGACUGGCAGGGUAUCAGGAAAGGGCACAGAAAACUCUAGCCUAAGUCACAAACCAUCCCCCGUCAAAUUUUCCCAAACAGCUCCAUCUAGCCCACGGGUAAGAGGUUCUUCCCUACAGAAGAGAUCCCCCAGUCCUAUGCGAGAUCAGCACCUGUCUAAUGUAGAUGUGCCUCAAAGGGUCAGGACUCCAGAGCCAACUGGGUCCACCAGCCUGAGAGAUCUUCCCCCUCUCAGCCCUUACAUGUCCCACAGGGGGACUCCAGGAUUGCAGGGCUCAGCUUCCUCCCUUGCCUCACAGGGCUUCACUGCUAAACCCGUCCCAGAGAGCCCCAAGGGCCCCCGCAAACUCAUAGCUCCUUCAAAAGCAGAAGCCAUGAGGGCAAUGUAUGCCCAGACUCCAUCCUCACUCUCUGAGAAGGAGUCCGGAGGCAGGCAGCUAAGGUCUGGUCCGGGAAAUGCCCUCAUGUCAGGCCUGGCUUCUCUGUCUGGUUCGUCUCCUCUUGCUAGCCCUCGUAGCCAAAAAAAGACCCCUUGCAUGACCAUGACAGGGUCUUCCAGCAAGGAACAGAGUCUUAUGAAACCAUAUACCCGGGAACGGAAAAACAGCAUCUCUGAGAUAAGUGACAAUGAGGAUGAGCUGCUGGAAUACCACCGCUGGCAGAGAGAGGAGAGGUUGCGUGAGCAGGAAAUGGAGAAACGGGAGCGUCAGAGGCUGGAGACCAUCCUCAAUCUGUGUGCAGAGUAUAAUUAUGAGGACAGUGCUGUGGAGCUGGCUGAGGUGGUGAGGAGCGGGCUGUUGGGGGGCGCUAGAGGAACCUGCUCAGACACAGGAGGCGGGAUGUCCCUUUACGGAGAAGACAGACCCCAGAGGUUGAGGGAGAACGAUGAGGAAACCCAGAGAGAGGAGUCCAGCAGCACAGAGAGCACACAUCAAGAGUGUGAAGAGCUGUUAACCAGUCAGGAGCAGGUCUACCUGGAGGAGGAAAGGAACAGGAUCUUGGCCAGGGUUGAUGACUUGAAGCACAGAGUCACUGAACUGGAGCAGCAGCUACAAGAGACCAAACAGGAGGUGGAGAUGGAGCAGGCCCUGCUGCAGGCAGAGAGGCAGGCAGAGCAGGAGCAGGUGGAGGCUGAAAAUGAAAUCAUCUCUCAGCUGCAGCUCAAACUCAGCCAACUGGACAAGGCCACCCAGAAAGAGAAAGACAAGGGGAGGGCUAAUGUGUCGGCUGAGCGGAAGGUCCUGGAAAAGCAGAGGAAUGAGUACAAUGAGCUGAAGAGGCAGUUUGAUAAGUGCCCCUUGUCUCUAAGGGAACAGUUACAGGAGCAGCUCAGCAGGAAAGCUGAAGCUCUGGAAGUUGGGACCAAACAGUUUGAGGAGCUGGAGUUCUGCCAACUGGAGGAGGAGAGCAGUCUGGAGGAGAAGAAGGACACUCAGAGCUCGCAACUCCUCCAAGAGCGAGCCGAGUAUCACUGCAGCGUGGCCCAGAGGAAGGACAGGAUGGGUGCUCUGGAGGCUCAGGUGAAGCAGCUGGGGUUACAGGCAGCUCAAGACUGUGAGAGGAUGGUGAAAGACAGGACAGUGACUCUGCAGCUGUUACACAAGGAGCAGGACAGGUUGUGUGCCCUGGAGAAGAGAUACCACACCUUGACAGGAGGGAGAAACUUCCCAAAGCCCAACAGCAGCAUGAAAGAGGAAUUUCUUCACAUCAGCGAACCUGACCUUGUUUAUGUGGACGGCCCUCCUCAUAGCCCCUGUCCCUCCUCCGCCUCCUUCUCCUCCUCUCAAAUCCCCUCCCCUGAAAACUUUCCUGUUAGGCUACAAGAGGAAUACCUCAGGCUCUCUGAUGUCUAUAAGAUGUAUGGAAAUGCUUCAAUGCAACCUCACUCUUCUUCCCCUGCUGCUCUCCACUGCCUCUCCCUCGCUGUAGCUCCAGCUCUGCCAUGUGAGGAGUACAUCACAGUCAGUCAGUUAAGCCAGAUCUUUGGGAUGCAGAGAGUUGAUCCCUCCUCUUCCUCCACUAUUCCAUCAUUCCAACUUGCCUCCUCUGAAUCCACCUUCUCAUACCACUCAGCUGCAUGUGGUCCAUCCUCCUUUCUCUCUACACAGAGCCAGCCUGAGCUGAGCCGGAAUGCAAUGUGUCCUAUUAACCUCGAACGCUGGUACCAGGACAUCAUGGCAGCUGGACAGCCUCAGUCAUGUCCUCCACCACUGCCUGCAAAGUCUUUUUCCACACGCAGACAGGGGCAGCUACUGAAGUCCAAAUCAGAUGGUGAGGUUGGACAGACAGCAUCGUGCAGCACUGCAACCCUGCCACACUCCAGUGGUGUUACUCAUGAGAAAAAUCCAUCCACCAAGGGGUUACAGUUAGUGCUGAGAGAGAUGUCAAAUCCAUUAGACAUGGACGCCAGGAGGCAGCUGGCUCUGCAGAGCAAAGAUCUGUCUCCCACAGUCCAUCACUCCAUCCUGCAUCAUCAGCCGCCACCGAGCGGCAGCCAAGCGUACGACACCCUGAGCCUGGAGAGCUCAGACAGCAUGGAGACCAGUGUCUCCACCGGCAACUCUGCCUGUACCCCAGAAAGUGCCUGUGGGUUAGAGGCCCAGAGGAUAGAAGAGAUGGAGAAGAUGUUGAAGGAGGCGCAGCAGGAGAAAGCCAGGCUGAUGGAGAACAGAGAGAGGGAGGUGCAGGCUCGGCGGCAGAUGCUGGAGGAGGAGCGGAGGAGGCGAGAGGAGGCCGAAAGGAGGCUUCAGGAUGAGACGGCCCACAGGCAGAGGCUGGUGGAGGAGGAGGUGAAGAUGAGAGAGAAACACUUCUCCCAGGCCCGUCCAAUGACACGCUAUCUGCCAAACCGGAAGGAGGAGUUUGACCUGCGGGCCCACGUGGAGUCGUCCGGCCACAGCAUAGAUACCUGCCCCUACGUCAUCCUCACAGAAAAGAUGUGCAAAGGCCACCUGGUGAAGAUGGGGGGCAAAAUCAAAUCGUGGAAGAAACGCUGGUUCGUUUUUGACCGUCUCAAGAGGAACUUUUCUUAUUACGUGGACAAGCAUGAGACCAAGCUGAAAGGGCUCAUUUACUUUCAGGCGAUUGAAGAGGUUUAUUACGAUCACCUGCGCAGUGCCACCAAGAGCCCCAACCCAUCUUUGACCUUCUGUGUGAAGACCCACGACCGCCUCUACUACAUGGUGGCCCCGUCUCCUGAGGCCAUGAGGAUCUGGAUGGAUGUCAUAGUAACGGGUGCCGAGGGCUACACACAGUUCAUGAGCUGAGGGACCACUGGGUGACAGAUUUGGAGGAUGACAGGGACUGAAUGAGCACCCAGACACCUGCGAGCCAACCUGAGCUGCUACCUGCUGGAGCUAGAGCUGACAUCUACGACACACAGCCUGAUGGUGUGUGUAACGGAUGGACGUUUGAAGAGAUGAAUAGUCUGGGGCUCUCACAAAAAGCCCGAUGCCUGCGAGCAAAUGAGGGCUUUAGUAAUGACAGAGGUGCAUUUGAAAGAAUUUAAAGAAGAGUUUUAUUUAUCUUGCAGCCACUAUGAGAAGGAAAAUUGUUUAAGGAAGCUGCCAAUGGAUCCAAGAAGUGAGCUCUCAAUUAGAUCAAUCACAUUCUGUUACCAAAAUGUUAAUAAUUAUAAUAUCAUUUUUUUAGGUUUCAGGAGGAACACUUAAUUCAUAUAAGCUACAGCAAACUGUUCCCACGUGUGAAGCUGAUCUAUGCAUGCAGUGUUAUCUCUCUAACCAAUGCCUUUUUCCCUCCUUUUUGAUACAUUUGUACUCUUUCCCUUGAGUUUAACUUUUCUCAGAUGCAAAAAUAAUCUCUUCAUAUUUCACAACACUAAAAAGUAAAUGUUUUUUAGUAGCAAAUAUUCUAAAAUCUUUUAAAGAGUCAUAUGUUGCUUAUUCAGUGAAACAUUACUUGGUGCCAAAUACUUUAUGUAAUGUUUUGCCAGAUUUUUACAAUACAAAUGUUAAUAUCACUUUAUAUAUUGUUCCAAGGGCUUUUCAUUGAGGCAAAUAACACAGCAUUUAUGUCUCUGUAUUUUACAUAAAUAUAUCAGAAAAACCUUCUAUUAGUCUUUAAACAAAAUUCAUAACUUAUAGUAUAUGAUAUUGUAAAACUACCAUGUACAUGUAAUAAAUAAAUAUAUAUGACGCAUCUGUUGGUUUGUUUGUCUGAUAAACUAGUUUGUUGCUGACAAAUUGGCUAAACUGAACACAUUCAGUUACAAACCAGUACUUGCUUCCUCAAUUAGUGUUUCCUGCAAACAAGUCGUUAAUUACCAGCUCUCCUUAAACAAUCUCAUACGCCCUAAUGAGCUGCUAGGAUUCACAUUUAAAUCACAACACACAAUAGGUGUUCCCAUUAAGACAUCUCUCUCUUUAAAUAAGAACAGUCAGGUAGUUUAAUUAGUUAACUGGCUUGUUAGCUCUCCACAGAAGUUGCUCCAGAAGUAUUGAGAUCUAUUUCUGGCAGAGUAUAAUUAAUUAUAUUGCUCGCCCC